AUGAAAGGCAGUGUUUCUGACCCUCUGAAAACUAUUUUGAGACUUCUCAAAAUAGAUGAGAGCUUCCCUCUCUUUUUUUAUAAACCUAGGCCUUCACAAGUCACUGGACUCAUAGACCGCAUCACAAAGCUGAAUGAUGAAGACCACUCAAUUCUUUUGGGUUUGCUUGGCAAGGAGCUAAACAUCCGCCUGCAUCAAAUGAGCAUCAUGUCACGAAUUGACUACAAAUCCAUUUUUCUCUCACAAGCCCAGAUGAAAGAGUUCAUGGAACAAGGUGGAUCUCUGAACAUUCUUUUGGAAAUUCAGCACAAUCUGGGAUUGGGAGUAGGUCCAAAAGUAUGGACUGAAAUGACAGAUGAAGAAAUCGAGACAAGGGCUAGAAACACUAUAUUUGCAAUUCAUGGUAUGGGAACAACUCAAUUAAAACCUCAAGGUCUUUGGAAGGUUCAACAACAGUGGUUUGGAUCAUAUACCAUGGAGUUUGCUUUAAACCACCGUGAAUUUUCUGAUCUAUAUAACAAACGCUUUGCCAGGCUUGUUGAGCUUUCAGCAAAAAAAAUGCUGACACCCCUGAAUGAGUGGAUUGAUGUAAAGGAUAUAUCUGAUCUGAGAGGCUGUAUACCUCAGACCCUAUCAAUGGGGCAUGUUAUGGUGGGAUUGGGAUCUGGUAUUUCUUUUGCUGACCUCUGGAAAGGGACAUUCUACAUUGAGAAAGAGCUUUCUCGACUGCAAGAAGACCCAAUACCCAAGGCUGAGAUAUUACCUUGGCCUUUGAACCUUCCAUCUGAUUUGGACUCACAGUUUGAGAGGUUCUAUAAUCAUUUCAAGGUCUUUGCCAAAACGCUCACCAAGGACUAG